CAAUUGCAACGGAGGAGCGAAGUGAACCAGCCGCAGCCGCCCACUGCAAUUGAACGGUGCCUGCGUGCAUGGUGUGGACUUGCUGUUUUCUUUGGUAAUACAAAUCUUCUGUUCACCAAACCUUUGUGGCUGUGAGGCUGUGGACGUUGCUUGCCCGCAUCUGUGAGCGUAAGUUACAGUGAGCGAGAGAGAAGCUGGAGAUGGUGAGAGAGGUUUUGGUGGCUUGCAGCGAUAGGAGCAUGAGUUUAGGAAUAACCGUGUGGGACAUGAAUACUGGUGAUCGGCUACUCCACAUACCCACUUGUGCUUCUCCUUUUCAUGGACUGCUUUGCUUGAGGAACCAGUUUCUUGUGGCCUCUCAAGCGCAUAAACAUGGGUCUUUUGGUGGUGGUGCCAUUUUCCUCUGGCCCUUGAACAAGCCUCAAUCUCCUCUCCGAAGUUAUCCUAUAGAGGCCAUUGGGCCAAUUUCCUCCACGAAGGAUGGGCUUUAUCUUGUUGGCGGAGCUCUUUCUGGAAAUGCGUAUGUUUGGGAGAUUAUGAGUGGAAGACUGCUAAAGACUUGGCGUGCUCAUCCGAAAGCUUUGAACUGUCUGGCCUUUUCUGGUGAUGAUUCUCUUCUUAUUUCUGGUUCUUGUGAUGGUGUGAUCCGUAUAUGGUCUAUGAUCAGUUUGCUGGACGUGACAGAUAGUGGAAGCUUGCCUUCUUUUAUCCAUUGCUGGUCUGAGCACCACUCCUCCAUAACUGGUUUUUUAACUACAGGCAGCUCAAGCUCAGUUUUGGUAUCGAGCUCUAUGGAUGGCACAUGCAAGGUCUGGGACUUGAUCUCAGGAAGGCUUUGUCAUACGCAAGCUUUUCCAACAUCUGUGACUGCAAUUGCUCUUGAUUCUGAAAAGCAGAUAUUGUUUUCUGGAAUUGCAGAUGGUAGGAUAUUUGUCAACAUACUCAAUGUUGGACUUGGACUUGAAAACUCUGCUGUCAUUUCAGAAGGCCCCUCAAUGGUGCUAAGAGGACACAAGGGAUCCAUAACCGCAUUGACCUUCAGUUUUAGUGGAUCAUUGUUGAUAUCUGCAUCAGAGGACUGUACUGUCUGCCUUUGGGAUGUCUCGGAUUGGGUAAUCACUCGAAGAUUCAACUAUCAGAAAGGGCGGAUAACUAAUCUAGUGGUGAUCCCCCAGUCAUCAUUGGUUUCUGUUGUGGAAAACCAUCAGAGAGUUUGUUAUGGGCUUCGUGUUCCUGUGCUGGACAAGUAUCCUCAGCCAGUAAACAGCUCCAGUGGAACCGUCACUCUGCUACCCACAUAUUGUUCAAUUGAAGAUGGUAACAUGACAACUUUUCGAAGUACUCAUUCUCUUAACCAGCAGAUCCUUGACUUGGAGCAAGGGCGAACACCUGAAGCACUACAAAUGAAGGUGGAGAUGAGUGUUGAGAACCGAAUGUGGGCAACGAGAAUGGCGAAACACGUGACAGAGAUGAACAGGCACUUGCAGUCACGUUUAUUAGACUUGGUACAAUACAGGUUAUCAUUAUCUUCAGAUCCUGAUUUUUCUACAACCGAAAGGAGAAAGAAGCUCAAGCUUACAGUCCACAAUCACCUGAGGAGGAACAAUUAAUCACUUGAGCCAAUCCCAUGAUGAGGACAAAAUAACGGUUGAAUGAAAAAGCUCAAUGAUGGGAAGGACAAAACAACAUGGAUAAAUAUAUGGUCAUUAUCAGGACAAUAGGAAUUACUACAGGGAAAGGCCAAAAGGGCAUUAGGAAUUUCUUGUUCUGUUUUGUUGUAUUGUGAUUCCCAGAGAAAGCUAGCUCCAAACAUCUGCCAUUAAAGAGCUCUUGAGAAAAAUAUUUCUUGAUUUAGCUUGGAAGAUAUGCAGUUCUAAAGUGAGGUUUCCUUAGCUCCUUCAGAUAUCACCAUGAAAACUUCAGCAGAAUUGUGCUAUCAAAUUCAAAACAUCCAAAGAAUGGCCACCAGUAAAAUUCCAAGUAGCAAC